AUGCAACAGAGCAUUGGUAUGCGAAUACACACCUGCCCGGGAGGCAAGGCCUGCCGAGCGAGACAUGCGGCAACAGAUGGCGACGCUGCAGACGUUAACAAUGGAGUUAAGCGCGGAGAGGAGACGAUUCAGCGAGAUGGUGGCGGUGGAAGGGAUAGCGAUGGGAAAGGAGCGACAAGAUCAGAGCCACUUGUCGUGUGUUUUGCUACGACUGGAGGGGCUUCUGGCCGAGUUUCGGCAGUUGGUGAAGUCGGCGAUGGCGCCAGCACUGGAGGGGGAAGCGUAGUAAACUGCGAAGGAUUGAUAACAUUUGCAGCCUUGACGCACGAGCAUGAGGAAACAAGGGAGAUGAUGACGACGUUGAACGAGCAGACGAUCACGAGGGAGGAAAGUCACGAGGAAGUCACGUUGGCUGUCUGA